AUGGCUUCAAACUCAGAGGAGUCGUCGUCGUCGUCCGACCAUCCUUGGUCCGGCGAUAACAAGUCAAAAUUCCAGGCUAAGGCGAUUAGCGAGUACUACGAUCCGUGCCAGGAAGCAGCGUCGAGGAGCAUCAAGUGCCUACAUAGGAACGGAGGCGAUCGAACCAUGUGCGGCGAUUAUUUCCAGGCAUAUCGCGAUUGCAAGAAGCAAUGGCUCGAGAAGCGAAAGGCCGAACGCAAGAAGAACUCCCUCUGGUAA